AUGCCUGACGAGUCGGGACCGCGUCUGCUCCGAGCGGGCGCCGCAGGAACAAAGGGGGCAAGGGUGGAGGUGGCGGCGGGGGAGGCGGGGGUGGAGGCGGUGGGAGUGGAGGAGGGGCUGGAGAGGCUAGUGGCGGCAGUGGUGGAGGUGGUGACGGCAGCGGCGGAGGCGGUGGCAGGGGCGGGGGCGGCAGCGGGGGCGGAGGUGGUCGUGGCAGCGGCAGAGGAGGAGGUGGUCGAGGAGGUGGCGGCGGCGGUGGUGGUCGUGGAGGCGCUGGCGGUGGUCUGA